AUGGUGCACUUUAAUGACUAUGCAGAUGGAAUUUCAAGUUUUGCUACUGUUCAUUCCUACUGUCUAAUCAUCUUUGGAAUUGUGUUAAGUAUAAAUGGGCAUUUGCCAUUCUUUGUGGGUGCCGGUGGGUUGAAGAAGAAGAAGAAGACGGCGAAGAAGAUGUCAGAAAUGCGGGUAUCCGAGCUUCACUUGAAAAAGGAGCUCACCCAAAUCCGCAAGGCUUCUCGAGUUCUCAGAGAUCCUGGCACCACAUCUUCUUGGAAGUCACCUCUCAGUUCAUCAAGAUCUGUGGCUGCAUGGAACAAAGACAGUGGAAGUAGAAGGUUCAGCACCAAUUCUCAACUUGCCAACAAUGACAAAGAGAAAGAGAAGGAGAAAAAGGUGUUCUUGUACAAUUGGAAGAACUACAAAUCUUCGAGUGAGAAAUACAACGAGGAAGAAGAAGAUGACGAUGAUGGAGGUGGAUCUUCGUCUCUUCUUGGGGACAGAGACAGAGACAGUUUGAGUGAUGCUCGCAAUGGUUGUGACUCUAAGAGUGAUACAUACUUGGGUGCUGGUGGUAUUGGUGGCGCUGGUGGCACUCGUUCUUCUAUUUUUGGAUGUGGGGAUGCUAAUCUUGUUUCCAGAAGAGCAGUCCCCGUUAAGAAAAAGAGUAAGAAAAAUAACCCUCAUUUUGAUUUUUUAGCCAAGUAUCAACAACAUAGACAAACGAAUCCGGGAAGAAAUUUGGUGAGUUCUUCGAAGGGAUUGGAGGGACAUUCUUCUUUGCCUUUUUUUAGCAGGGAUGACUCUGUCGAUUUCUCUGAUGAUACCGAAGAUUACACUAAUUCUGAGGGUGUGAGACCAAUUUCGGGGACUUCCCCUUUGCUUCUAAAACUCAGGCAAAAGAAUUGGUCUCGCUCUUCCUCUAAGUUUUUGAGAAGAAGUCGGAAAGAGGACUCUUCUUAUUCUUAUAGCACCCCUGCAUUGUCAACUAGUUCUUACAACAGGUACGGUCACCGUUAUCCCAGCACCCUUGGAUCCUGGGAUGGCACCACCACCUCCGUGAAUGAUGGCGAUGGAGAUGAUGAGAUUGAUGAUCAUUUGGAUUUGCCUGGCCGCCAAGGAUGUGGGAUUCCUUGCUAUUGGUCCAAGAGGACUCCUAAACAUAAAGGGAUGUGUGGGAGUUGUUAUUCUCCCUCACUGUCCGACACUUUGAUGAGGAAAGGGAGUAGCAUGCUCUGUGGAAGUCAAACUAUUUAUCCCAGACACCGCAGAUCGGCUUCGGCCUCUCACAAGAGAAGAUUUUCUCAGAGGAGUGCUCGUGGUGUCAUUCCAUUACUCACAAACAGUGGUGAAGCUAGAGAAGGGUCCUCUGUAGGUACCGGAAGGAGUGAUGAUGAACUUUCCACUAACUUUGGGGAGCUUGAUCUUGAGGGAUUGAGCCGGUUGGAUGGAAGAAGGUGGUCAUCUAGUUGUAGGAGUCAAGAGGGAUUGGAGAUUGUAGCUCUCAAUGUGGAAGGGGAAGAUGAGGGCACGCCGGAAAACAGUCGCUGUUUCAGCCAAAAGUAUAGGCCAAUGUUCUUCGGUGAACUGAUUGGGCAGAAUAUUGUUGUCCAGUCACUUAUGAAUGCUGUUUCCAGGGGACGAAUUGCUCCUGUCUAUCUGUUUCAAGGUCCCCGCGGUACUGGCAAAACAUCAACCGCAAAGAUAUUUGCUGCUGCCUUGAACUGUGCAAGUCCCGAUGAGAGUAAACCUUGUGGCUACUGCAGGGAAUGUACUGAUGUCAUUUCUGGCAAGAGCAGUGAUCUAUUGGAAGUUGAUGGAACCAAUAAGAGAGGAAUCGAUAAGGCUAGAUAUCUCCUAAAAAGAUUGUCAACUGGGUCAUCAUCAGCCUCACCACAAUAUACAGUUUUUGUUAUUGAUGAGUGUCACUUGUUGCCCUCCAAGACAUGGCUGGGAUUUCUCAAGUUUCUGGAAGAACCACCCCAGCGAGUUGUAUUCAUAUUUAUAACAUCUGAUCUUGACAAUGUGCCACGAACAGUACAAUCUCGAUGCCAAAAGUACCUUUUUAAUAAAAUUAAAGAUGGGGAUAUUGUGACCAGGUUGAGGAAAAUAUCCACUCAGGAGAACCUUGAUGUUGAAGCAGAUGCACUGGAUCUCAUUGCUAUAAAUGCAGAUGGUUCACUCCGAGAUGCAGAAACAAUGUUAGAACAGCUUAGUUUGCUGGGGAAGAGAAUUACUACUACUCUUGUCAAUGAACUUGUGGGAGUUGUUUCAGAUGAAAAAUUACUGGAACUUUUGGAGUUAGCAAUGUCAUCAGAUACGGUAGAGACAGUGAAAAGAGCCAGAGAAUUGAUGGACUCCGGAGUUGACCCAAUGGUUUUAAUGUCUCAACUAGCUGGCCUUAUCAUGGACAUCAUUGCUGGGUCAUAUGCAGUCAUUGAUACCAAGCCUGAUGAUUCGUUCUUUGGUGGUCGGAGUUUGAAUGAAUCAGAGUUGGAGAGGUUAAAAAAUGCUUUGAAGCUUCUCUCAGAGGCUGAGAAACAGUUAAGGACAUCCAGUGAACGCUCUACAUGGUUCACAGCAACUCUCUUGCAGCUUGGUUCUACACCUUCUCCUGAUCUCACGCAGUCAAGCAGCAGCAGGAGGCAGAGCUGUAAGACAACUGAAGAUGAUCCAUCAAGUGUUUCAAGAGAUAUUACCUCUUGCACGCACAAGUCAGACCCUCAACAUGUGCCUCGAAAGUCAGCAUACACUGCAUCCCAGCAAAAGGCAGUAAAUGAUAAUUUCAACCAUCAAAAGGAUAUAUCAUCAAAGCUUGAAGGUUUCAGCUUGAAAUCAAAGCCGUCAAACAGCCCAGUCAUAGAUGAUGGCUCCACAGUUGUCUCCUCUGAUGAUCUUAUGGUGGGGAAUACAAUGUAUAGGUGCAUAGAUUCAGGGAAGCUAUCUGACAUCUGGGUGCAUUGUAUUGAGAAGUGUCACUCUAAGACAUUGAGGCAGCUGCUACACCAUCAUGGAAAGCUUGUGUCCGUAUGUGAAGUAGAAGGUGUUUUGGUAGCGUAUGUUGCUUUUGGAGACGCAGAUAUUAAAGUUCGAGCUGAGAGGUUUUUAAGAAGCAUUACAAACUCGAUGGAGAUGGUUCUGAGGCGCAAUGUGGAGGUCCGAAUAAUCCAGUUGGCUGAUGGGGAAGGUGAAAACCAGGUUAAUCUAACAGGUGUGAAGCAGGGUGAGUCAAUGGUAGGUUGUGAGAAGGAACAAAGACAAUGUCAUAUGAAUGGAACGGAGUCUUAUUCUAGUAUGCCUCCAUUGCUGGAUAGAAACCUUCAAUCUGCGACUGCUUCAUCAGAUAUUUUGGGUGAAGGAAAUGGUGGGAGGGAGAGGAGACAAGAUAAUCCGAUGCAUAGAAUUGAAUCCAUCAUUCGGGAGCAGAGGCUGGAAACUGCCUGGUUACAGGCCGUAGAAAAGGGUUCCCCUGGAUCAUUAAGUCGUUUGAGACCCGAGAAGAAUCAAGUACUGCCUCAGAAUGGUGUAGACCCAAUGGAGUCCAUGGACUCAACAAGAUUUUCCUCUCACCAGCAUUGGGAAGAUGAUCCCAAUAACGAACUCAAAGUUUUGACCCUUAAAAAUGGAAGGGUCCCACAGAAGGAUCAGAUUGGUAGAAAAGCUGAUCGUUUACCCAUGUCCCCAAGUUUAUUGCAUGACAACAGUUUAGCAACAAUUUCUGGAAAAGACAAUCCGGGAUAUGAAUCAGGGUCCGGUGCAGGUGGUUGUGGAUUUUUAUGUUGGAAUAAGUCGAAGCCUAGAAGGGUAAUAAAGGUGAAAGGUGGCACCCCAGUUAGAGGGCGUAGAGGGGCAAGUUUUACAUUGUUUGGUGACUGCGGUAAGCAGAAGAAAAGGGAGAGGAAAAGAUAA